AAUGAUAUAUGCACGUGUGGCAGGAAGUGUAAUAGUAUAACGUUUCCCCAAAUAACAAGAGCUUUGGGAACUCCGAUUGGUCGUACGAGACUAGAGCCGCUUCUGUCAAGUCUCCGCGACCUAUAAAACACAUUUACACACACACAAAAUCACAACUGUGUGGCAGAUUACUUUGGAGUUGUGAUUGGUCACACAUAGAUUUCAGAAGAGAGAUUCUUGACGCAGAUCUAAAAAUCCGUGCACAUAUAAACACAUUCUCUGCAAGACAGAAUGGCGGUCGGAAAGGAAGGAGCGGUGGAGAUACUAAAGCCUCGUACGGACAAGAGAGAGUACAGGAAUAUACUUCUUGAUAAUUCUCUUCAAGUUCUUCUUAUUAGUGAUCCUGAAACUGAUAAGUGUGCUGCUUCAAUGAAUGUUUGUGUUGGUUCCUUCAGUGAUCCCAAGGGUUUGGAGGGUCUUGCUCAUUUUCUUGAACAUAUGCUGUUUUAUGCCAGUGAAAAAUAUCCUUUGGAGGAUAGUUACUCGAAGUAUAUUACAGAGCAUGGUGGCAGUACAAAUGCUUUUACUUCUUCUGAGCAAACAAACUUCUAUUUUGAUGUUAAUGCUGACUGUUUCGAAGAGGCUUUGGACAGAUUUGCACAGUUCUUUAUCAAGCCACUAAUGUCAGCUGAUGCUACCACAAGGGAGAUAAAAGCAGUAGACUCUGAAAACCAGAAAAAUUUACUUUCUGAUGCUUGGAGGAUUAAUCAGCUACAAAAGCAUCUGAGCGCAGAAGAUCAUCCAUACCAUAAAUUUAGUACAGGUAAUUGGGAUACUUUGGAGGUACGACCAAAGUCAGAAAGUGUAGACACAAGACAGGAGCUUCUAAAGUUUUAUGAACAGAAUUACUCGUCCAACCUCAUGUGUCUAGUUGUGUAUGGAAAAGAAAGCCUUGACAAAAUUGAAAGUCAGGUGCAAAAAAAGUUUCAGGACAUCAGCAACAGAGAUCGAAGUAGUCUCCAUUUUCCUGGUCAGCCUUGCAUGUCAGAACACCUUCAGAUUCUUGUUAAAGCAGUCCCGAUAAAACAAGGUCACAAGUUAAGGAUCGUAUGGCCAGUGACCCCUGGUAUUCUUCAUUACAGGGAAGGGCCUAGCCGGUAUCUUGGUCACUUGAUUGGCCAUGAAGGAGAAGGAUCUUUAUUUUAUGUCUUGAAAAAGUUGGGUUGGGCUACAAGUUUAUCAGCUGGUGAAUCAGAAUGGUCUCGUGAAUUCUCUUUCUUCACUGUAAAUAUAGAAUUGACUGAUGCAGGUCAUGAACAUUUUGAAGAUACUGUUGCAUUGCUUUUCAAAUAUAUUCGUGUUCUCCAACAGUCAGGAGUCUGCAAGUGGAUUUUUGAUGAGCUUUCCGCCAUCUGUGAGACAGCCUUCCAUUAUCAGGAUAAAAUUCGUCCCAUGGAUUAUGUGGUCAAUGUGGCAUCUAACAUGCAGUUGUAUCCUACAAGAGAUUGGCUGGUUGGAUCAUCAUUGCCAUCCAUGUUCAACCCAGACAUUAUUCAAUCAAUGCUAAAUGAACUUUCCCCGGAUAGUGCCAGAAUCUUUUGGUCGUCAAUAAAGUUUGAGGGACAAACUGACAAGACUGAACCAUGGUAUGGAACUGCAUAUUCCGUGGAGAAAAUUACGAGGAGUGUUGUUGAGCAAUGGAUUAAAAGAGCACCUGAUGAACAUCUUCAUUUACCCACUCAGAAUGUGUUUAUACCAACUGAUUUGGCUCUUAAGAGUGGCCCAGAGGAGGCCAAACUUCCGGUUUUGCUGAGAAAAUCGCCGUAUUCAAGGUUAUGGUACAAGUCUGAUUCGACUUUUUUCACUCCAAAGGCAUAUGUUAAGAUAGAUUUUAACUGCCCUUUUGCUGGAAAUUCACCUGAAGCUGAAGUUCUCACGGACAUAUUUACUCGACUAGUGACUGAUUACUUGAAUGAAUAUGCCUACUAUGCUCAGGUUGCUGGUCUUUAUUAUGGUGUGAAUCACACAGAUAACGGUUUCCAGGUGACUGUAGUUGGAUAUAACCACAAAUUGAAGAUAUUGCUUGAAACAGUAAUUGAAAAGAUUGCGAAUUUUGAAGUGAAACCUGACAGAUUCUUAGUGAUAAAGGAAUCGAUCACAAAGGAUUAUCAAAACUUAAAGUUUCAACAGCCAUACCAGCAAGCGAUGUACUAUUGUUCAUUAAUACUACAGGAUCAGACAUGGCCGUGGAGUGAUCAGCUUGAAGCUCUUCCUCAUCUUGAUGCUGAUCAUCUUGCUAAGUUCUAUCCACUGAUGAUUUCAAGGACUUUCAUUGAGUGCUAUGUCGCAGGGAAUCUUGAACCAAAUGAAGCAGAAUCGAUGAUUCAAUACGUAGAAAAUGUUUUAUACAAGGGCCCAAAUCCCAAAUCUAAAGCUCUGUUUCCUUCCCAACAUCUGACAAAUCGAGUAGUCAAGCUUGAUAGGGGGAAAAAUUACUUUUACACUACUGAAGGCCUGAAUCCAAGUGACGAGAACUCUUCCCUAGUUCACUAUAUUCAGGUACACCAAGAUGACUUUAUGUUGAAUGUCAAACUCCAGCUCUUUGCCCUGGUUGCAAAACAACCAGCUUUCCAUCAGCUAAGAUCAGUUGAGCAACUUGGUUAUAUUACAGUUCUCAUGCAAAGGAAUGAUUUUGGUGUACGAGGAGUGCAGUUUAUUAUUCAAUCAACAGCUAUGGGUCCUAGAAAUAUUGAUUUAAGAGUGGAAUCAUUCCUGAAGAUGUUUGAAACUAAACUUCACGAGAUGUCCAAUGAAGAAUUCAAGAGCAAUGUCAACGCCCUAAUAGAGAUGAAGCUUGAGAAGCACAAGAAUUUGAGAGAAGAAUCUGGAUUCUAUUGGCGUGAGGUUUCUGAUGGAACUCUGAAGUUUGAUAGAAGAGAAUGCGAGGUUGCAGCAUUAAAGCAGGUAACUCAGAAAGACCUGAUUGAUUUCUUUAAUGAACAUAUAAAAGUGGGUGCCCCUCAAAAGAAGUCGUUAAGUGUGCGAGUAUACGGGAGCUCCCACUCUUCUGAGUACAAAGAAGACAAGAAGGAAACGUUGGAACUGAACUAUGUUCAGAUAGAAGAUAUCUUCAGUUUCAGGAGAUCGCAGCCUCUUUACCCUUCAUUUAAGGGAGGCAUUGGGCAUGUGAAAUUGUGAGGGACGAGUGGGUUUCAGGUUAUUGCUAUGGCUGCAGUAAAGAACAGGAGGUUCUGCAAAUUAGUUCAGCGAGUUUUAACUUUCUAUGAGGAAGUUGCUCUCUCUGUUCCUGAGGGUCUAUAGAUAAUAAAGUUCGGUUAAAAAUUAUAAUUGCAUAAUUUUAUUAGAGCUUCAUAAAUUAAAUAUAAACGCCUUUGUAACAUUAGCAUUUUCUGUUAUCUUCUUAGCUCUAUCAAAUAAUCUCUCUGUAUUAUAAUAAUAUAGUCUCUUUCGAACAAAUUGCACAGAUUAAAAUUUCUUAACAUGAAACAUAAUUUUUAUCUUCA